AUGAACCCUGUACAGUUCUUGGCGUCCAAAUUUCCCGGGAAGACCGAACAGGAAUAUCGCUCCCAUCUGGGUAAUUUCCAGAUCAGCGGGAUGACAGGUCUACAACUCAUUGGCACACUGAGUGGAGGUCAGAAAUCUCGUGUUGCUUUUGCUGUGUUGUCAUUGCUACGGCCGCAUGUCUUACUUCUCGACGAGCCUACUAAUCAUCUAGAUAUUGAGGGUCUUGAUGCCUUGAUGGCGGCUCUGAGCUCUUGGAAUGGGGGCGUGAUCCUGAUCUCUCAUGACGAACGAUUUAUCACCACGGUCGCGAAAGAGCUGUGGGUGUGUGCGGACGGUGCUGUGGCUAAAUUCAAAGGAGACGUACAAGCGUAUAAGAGUCUUAUCGUGAGCAACAUCAAAGCUCGUCCAUGA